UGCGGACAUUUUUAAAAGGCGCGGGUGUGUGACGUCUGUCGCUAGGAAACGGCGACAGCAGCGCCAGCAGUUAACACCGGUCCGUGGCAGGCCGGGGGGUCGUAAAAGAGUGUCCACGAUAAUUUUGCUAAUAUGCUGCCGGGCGCCUACGGGUGUGCUGUGGCGAACAGGUUCGGGAAUCUUCUGGAUGAUGAUACGGAUCCUUUCGACUUAUUCAGCGAAGUGGAAUCAGAAAAGGUGAAGAAGAAAAAGAAGAAGAAGGAAGAGGAGGAUAAGAAAGCCAAGCAGAAAAAACCUGGUCAGAAGGAAUCCCAGAGGGACCGACGCCUCCCUGUAACGUUGGAAGUUCAAGAGCCUGCUCCAGUGCGUAAGCAGCUGGCAUGUGCUGCACCUGUGAUCGAGAGUGGAGAUGACAGAGAAGAGGCCCAGAAGAGAGCUCCUGCUGGGCAGCGCAGGGCCAACCGGGAGGAACCCCCACAGGAGUUUUCGGUUCCUAGGCCUUCCUAUAAUGCAGACUUUGACCUCAGGGGCAGAGGGGGCACCAGAGGUAGGAGAGGAGGAAGAGGUGGAGGAAACACAAGGAACCAGGACAACUUCAUUCUGAGGGGCAAGAGGGAGUAUGAUCGACACAAUGGAACAGGUAUACCUCCUGAUGAGAAGAGAGGAGGAAGAGGAGCUUGGAACUGGGGGUCUGUUGAAGAGGCUGUAAGCGAAUUCAUGGAGGUGACCUCUCCAAUCAAAUCUGAGGAGUCCCAAAUAUCUGCGGAGGAAGACAGUACAAAUCAAGCAACGGAGGAGGAGGGAGAGAUGUUGGUCCAGGUUGCUAUGGAGAUGACCCUGGAUGAAUGGAAGGCCAUGCAGGAGAUGAAUCGUCCCAAAGCCGAAUUUAAUAUCCGCAAAGCAGAGGACAAGAUUCCCUCCAAAGCCAAGGUCAUCCAUGAGUCCAAGCAUGUGGAGAGCGUCAAGGCAAAUACGGAGGAUGAAGGAAACUUCCUUCGCAGGUCAGUGAAUGAUAUCACCUCCCUCUUGGACAUCAAUUUUGGGAGCCUUGGCCGUCCCAGUCGUGGAGGUCGAGGAAGAGGCGCACGAGGUGGUCCAAGCAGGCGCCCAGAAAGCGUCAAACCGAUACUGGAGAGGGAGGAGGAUCUGGCACCUAACCCAGAUGACCCAGAAGACUUCCCAGCACUAUCAGCAGGAAGAUAACUGAACAAACUUAAAUCCUGCUGUGUAACAGUUUUCAUGUUUCUGUUCUUGAGGUUUUGGGUUCUAUUGCACUGAAUGCACUGUUAAAUAAAUAUUUUGCAAAGUUA